AUGGAAGAACCUGUAUUAGAUAAGAUUAUAGGAUGUUCUAGCCUUACGAAAAGCAAAUUAUCAGUCCAUUAUGAAACAGGUGCGACUGCUUUUGCAUCCCAUGGCUUUUUAUCCAUUGUUGUUCCUCAAAAAAAGCAACGUUAUGAUUUCAAAAUCGCAGACGACGGAAGAGAGAUAUCGGCAUUAUGUUUUUCUGUCAAUGACUCAUCGAUUGUUGUUGGAGAAUUAGGAACUAACGCUAGAUUAUUCAUUUUUACGUUUAAUGAUAAAUUCGAUCUAAUUAUUUCAAAACAAGAAAUCAAAACUAAAGAAAAUGGCUUCUCAUUCCUUGCAUUAAAUCAAAAGGCAGGAAAAUUAAUCACAGUAGGAAAUGAUGAAAAUCCAUUUUUACUAUUAUGGGAUUUAACUCAACCUAGACCAGCGUGCAUCGGUUAUUAUCAUUUGCCAACUGUACCUCAACAUGUUAUUUUUUCACCUGACUGCAAUUUCGCAAUCGUAUCAGGUGAUAAACUUUUAAAGGCCGUUGAUACAUCUAUAUCAUACGGGUCAACACCAUGCAUUCUUAAAACUCGUAAUUUUAAUAUUGGCAAGUAUAAAACUUCGACAUUUGUUUCAUCAGCAGUAAAUGCACGUCCACCUUAUAACAUUUACAGUUUAACAGACGUAGGAACGCUCUGCAUCAUUGACUCUACAUCCGUUUCUUUUCAACCUCGUAAAAAAGUUUCGAAUUCUACGCAACGAACUUUACCACCAGUCUUAGUAACACCGAUUAACUUGAACAACGGCCCAACAACAUGCAUCACUCUAGACAGAAAAAUCAUCCUUGUUGGAACCUCAAACGGCAGCAUUUUAGCGAUCAAAAGAGAUGGCGACGAACAUCGCAUAUUUGGACAAUUUUCAGCAGAUGGAAAAUCAGUUACAGCAGUAGGAAUCGCUGAAAGAAUGAUAUCAGCAGCUUACGAUGAUGGAUCAAUAAUUUGUUGGCAAAGGAAAAUCUCAUCAUCUCCCAUCAUCAGCCUUCCUUCCCACAUAGGACCAGUUUGCCAGUUCUGUCUCGCAGGCGAUAAGUCGAUCGUUAUCUCAGGAGGAAGCGAUGGAACUGUAAAAGAAUGGAGAAUUCAGAAAAACAGCGGACUUGUUGGCAAAAGCUCACAAGAAUUGAUAUGUACUACUUCUGUUACAAGCAAAGCAGCAGAUUUCCUAUCACAAUUGAGUGGAGUUCGUUGCAUUUCCAGUUAUGGAAAUUAUGUUUUUGCUGGAGACAACAGUGGCAUACUCCAUGUACUAGAACUAUCAUCCCUAAAUGAAUUACAGCGCCUUAUUGAGAACAAAGCUGGAAUUUUCUCAAUGGCUGUUCAUCCAAAAAUGCCAUUACUCGCAACAGGUGGCGCUGAUGGCAUAAUUCGAUUAUAUAACAUAUCUACUGAAUCGUCAUUUACUAUUCUCAGCAGAAUAGAGAUGAUUCCAGCUCAUUCAACUCCAAUCAUGGAUAUUUCAUUUGCUGGCAACUCAGUAAUCAGCUGCAGUACAGAUGGUGUAAGAUUCAUGACAAAGGAGCUCAAAAAGUACGCAACACACCAUCCAGAUGAGCCUUGUUUGACUUUAUAUCCUGUUCCAAAUGAAAAAUUUAUCGUCGCAGGUGGUUGUGACCAUUCUGUUGUAAUUCUUAGAGUUUCCAAUGGUACAGUUUUCAGGAGAUACAAACUCUCAAUGUCCGCUUAUCCAUUGCAUCUUUGUGUUGAUAGAAGUGGCUUAUUUGUUGCAGUUGCGAUGAGUGAUGGAAGUGUUCGAAUUUUGGACAUAAUGAGUGGAGAUGUCAUAACAGUUUUCCUUUCAAUGGCUGGCAUGAUAACAGGUGUGUCAUUCCAUGAGGAUGACAUCUUGAUAUCUAGUGUAUCUGGCUGUAUAAUGAGAUGGAGCCUUCCUUCCCAAAUCCACAAUGCUAUCACAGAAAAACUGACAAAAGAUUUACCAAUUAUGGAUUUGAUUGAAGAAGAAACACCGAUGCCAGCAAAUAGAAGGGAUAUGGUUACAGCAGGUUCAAUGCUUAACUUUUCUGCAGCUCCUAAGUCUCAUCUCUUCAAGCCAGUUGAAGAUCAGCCAAUGUCAAAUGGUCAACCAGUUAUUGGCGAAGAAUUGGAUGCAACAGAUGGAGUAAAUGCUGCAGGAUUCGAUGCACCACGUCCUUCCGUUGUUGGCUCUGAAGAAAGUAAAGUUGAUUCAAUCGUCAGAGCUUCUUUCAUCAGACAAAAACAAUCUGAAAAAGAAGAGAAACAAGAAAAUGUAGAAACAAUUGAAGUCGACAAACUAAGAGCAUCAAUUAAACAAAACAUAAAGAGAAAGAAGAGUGAUGAUGAUCCUUUCAUAGUUACUGAUUCUUCUCCAACAAAUACAAGUUCUCCAACAGUUAUAACAGCUCAUAAACCACAAAAGAAACCAAAAGUUGAAGAAAUUCAACAAACAAUUGACCAAUUGGGAGAUGUUGUAACUCACGUAAAGGAAUUACUGGCAUACAAACCACAGAAUUAUGAAGAAGAGAGAGCACAAAAUGAGUUGAGAAGGAUGUAUACGGAACUUCAAAAAGAAUGCAUCAAAGAAGAGUGGUUCGGUCAGUUAAUGUCAUCUUAUUUGGCAAAAUUCUUCGAUUUCAUCAAGAGAGAAUGA